ACAGAAGUACCAACUUUAUUCUUAAAUUUACAUAAAUACAUAUACUGUGAUUAUGUAGUUCAGAAGUUUCAAAUAAUUAUUUAAUAAGUUUGAAGCAUUGUAUAUGUAUUUCUUAUAUAUUUAUAUACUUCUAUUAAUUUAUGAAAAAGUGACCACUUAUUAAAAAAAUGAUAAAAAUACUGGAAGAAAUUAACCUUGAAAAUUAUACUCUAAUACUUCCCUCAGUGGCUGUUGGAAAUAUUGGACAAUUAUGUAUUGAUUUGUUAAUAUCUAAUUUAAAUUUGCACAAAAUUGGAAGUUUAUGGAAUUCUAUGUUCCUCCCAAUCUGUGGACUUAAUCCUUAUGAUAAAAAUUCUAAUUCUCUUUGUACUACUGGUGACUUUUACAUUGGAACAUAUAACAUAAUUCUUUUACAAUUACGUUCACCUUAUAUUGGUAAUUUAAAUAAUUUCUUUGAUGAAUUAACACAAUUUAUUCAGCAUAAAAAAAUUUGUAAGAUAAUAAUUUUAACCAGCAGUUAUGAUUACGAAUGUAUAAAUAGAUCAGAAACUACCUUAAGAUAUCUUUCUUCGGAUAAUUUUUUAUUAAAUAAUGAAAAACUUCUUAAAAUUCUUUCUUGGAAAAGACACAUAAAAAAUAUAAAGGAUUCUAUAGAAGAAUGUUAUAUUUCUGGUGGUGGAUUUGCAAAUAGCUUUUACGAGCAUCUCAAAUCAAUGAAAAUUCCUUGUACAAUACUUUUUUGUUAUUGUUCAGAAGGAGAUAAUGUUUCUGAUGCUUUGGUACUUUUCAAUGGAUUGAAUAAAUGGUUGAAUUUAAUAAGUGAUAUUGAUAAUAAUAGUAUUAAUAUUAAAUAUCCACCUUCUUGGGAAUAUUUUUUUGGCAAUCCACCUUCUUCUGAUAUAUAUUAAAUUUUAUAUCUAAUUAUAUUUCAUAAACAGUUUUGAUGUAUUUUAAAAAUAAAUUAGAUAAAGAUUAAUAUAAUUACUCUAUAUAAAAAA